GUCCCCUGUUUUUUCUUCUCUUCCUUUUUCACCUUUUCAAUUUUCCUCAAUUCUCCGCCACAUUCCCUUGCAAAUUGAAGAAAAUUUCAGGGUUUAAUGGGUAAUCAAGGCGAAGAAGUACUGAUGGCAGCUUAUAAAAGUUCAAACUUCACAGGGGGUUGUUUGGAAAUCCGUUUGUUCUACGUACGCAUAGCGUCCUGCGCGGUUGACGUAGUUUCGGAUCAUCUUAUACUCCGUCACCUGCGCCGUGAAAUGGGUGUUUCGUUAGAGAUUAAUGGGUGUCGAAUUCCAGCAUCCAUCACCGUUUCUAUCACGCUACGCCGUGACAGGGUUGAUAAGGGAUCAUCAGAGAUAACGUAUGUUAGCACUGACAAUGUUAGAGUUUCUGGGCCGGUGGAAUUUGAGGUACACGAAGAGAAAGAAGAGUUGAUACUUUGUGGGUCACUGGAAAGAGUGGAGGGUACUUGAGAUAAUGGUAAUGGGACUGGAUGGAGUAUGGAUUGUUACAAUGCGGUGUCUUUUGGGAGUGAUGGAUCAGUGUUUUUUCAAUCAAAGAUUGGGGUUUCGUUGCCAUCGAUUAAGGUUUACGUCGCGGGUUGUUGUUCUGGUGUGCCUUAUCUGACUAAAACGAUUCAGGUUAGCCCCAGGAGGAAGUUGUCUUGGCAUAAUAUGUUGGACUCAAUUCAUGAGGAUAAGGGGGUUGGGAAGGAGCACCAAUAUGUCAAUGGAUUCAUUCCACAACAAAAACUGCUGAUCAGAGACUCAGAGUUGGAUUAUUAUGAGUUAGAAGGAAAAGUUAGACAUGGCUUUUACUCAGAAGACAGGUAUUAUGGUGAGGAUGGUCAACUCUCCUGGUUCAAUGCUUGAGUAAGGGUUGGGGUGGGGCUACUUAUGCGCUCUUAUCAAGCAACCAUUACAAACCUGCGGAUGAGUACAAAUAUUGGAUCUCCGGCAGCAACAAUGGCGCACCACAACAAAACGACGUCGUUGAUUACUCAACAAGUUCCUCUAGUCAUAACACUCAAUUGCAUCGAAGACACAACGUUAGAACAAGAAUGUCUCUCCGGCAUCGCAGUAAUCGAACACGUCCCACUCAGCCGCUUAGCCGAAGCCCGGAUCGAGUCAGCUACAGCCGUACUUCUUCACUCACUUGCGUUCCUUCCACGCGCGGCACAACGCCGGCUCCGUUCAUGGCAGCUUAUUCUCUGUCUCGGCUCCUCCGACCGCGCUGUCGACUCAGCUCUCGCUUCUGACCUUGGACUUUCUCGGCUUGUUCAUGUAGAUGUUAACCGCGCUGAAGAGGUUGCGGAUACUGUUAUGGCUCUUAUCCUUGGUUUGCUUCGCCGUACUCAUCUUCUCUCUCGCCAUACGUUAUCGGCUUCCGGCUGGCUUGGCUCCGUUCAGCCCCUGUGCCGUGGAAUGCGCCGCUGUCGCGGCCUUGUACUGGGAAUUGUUGGUAGAUCUGCGUCUGCAAGGUCUUUGGCUACCCGGAGUUUAGCAUUCAACAUGAGCGUGCUUUAUUUUGAUGUUGAGGGAAAUGGAAAAAUGAGCAGACACUCUAUUAGAUUCCCACCUGCUGCCAGGAGAAUGGAUACCCUUAAUGACUUACUCGCUGCAAGUGACCUGAUAUCAUUACAUUGUGCUCUAACAAACGAAACAGUUCAAAUUAUUAAUGCAGAUUGCUUGCAGCACGUAAAACCUGGGGCGUUUCUUGUUAACACCGGUAGUUGCCAACUGUUAGAUGAUUGUGCUGUGAAACAACUUCUAAUAGAGGGAAGCAUUGCUGGCUGUGCUUUGGAUGGUGCUGAAGGGCCACAAUGGAUGGAAGCAUGGGUAAGGGAGAUGCCCAAUGUCCUGAUACUGCCGCGCAGCGCAGAUUAUAGUGAAGAGGUGUGGAUGGAAAUAAGGGAGAAAGCUAUUUCUAUGCUGCAGUCAUUCUUCUUGGAUGGUGUUGCUCCAAAGGAUUCUGUGUCCGAUGAAGAAGAGGAAAGCGAGAUAGGGUAUGACAAUGAAGUUCACCAAAUACAAGAUGUUGAAAGCGCGUUGCAGGGUUCUCCUAGUCAGCAGGCCAUUGAAGAUGUUGCAGAGAGCUCUCAGAAAAGAUUAGCGAGUGUCUCGAGGGAAUCACCUAGUCAGCUUCAAGGCUCCAUGGUGUCUCAAAAUAGUUCUGGUAGAUCUGAAGUAAAGAGAAGCCGAUCAGGUAAAAAGGCUAAAAAGCGGCAUGGGCGCCAAAAAUCACAACACAAAGUGGAUGAUCACUUGGCAUUUGAAAAGGAGAGUACGUCACACCAUGAAGAUGGGGCAACAAUGAGCGGAACAGAUCAAGGUGUGAGUUCCAGUUCACGUUUUGCUUCUCCGGAAGAUUUAAGAGGUAGGAAGACAUCAAUUGAAUCAAUACAGGAAUCAUCAGUGGAGCAGCUAUCAAAAAAAGGCAUAAAUCUCAGCAGAAAAUCUUCAGAACUGCUGAAGGAUGGUUAUGUAAUAGCUUUACAUGCAAGACAUCAUCCCGCUUUGCAUGUCUCCAGACAAAGAGUCAAAGGGGGUGGUUGGUUCCUCGACACAAUGUCAGAUGUUACAAAAAGAGACCCAGCGGCACAGUUCCUUGUGGUUUCUAGGAGCAAGGAUACAAUUGGGUUGAGAUCAUUUACUGCUGGAGGGAAGUUACUACAGAUAAAUAGGAGAAUGGAAUUUGUAUUUGCAAGUCACAGUUUUGAUGUUUGGGAGAGUUGGACAUUUGAAGGCACUAUGGAAGAAUGUCGACUAGUUAACUGUAGGAAUCCUCUGGCUGUUUUGGAUGUACGUGUUGAAGUACUUGCAGCUGUUGGAGAAGAUGGUAUCACUCGAUGGCUUGACUAGGCAGUUUCUUGAACCACUGCGCAUGAUUUUUUAACAUAUGCUGUGCUGAUUCGUUUGGAAUAUUUACCACAAGUAGUUUUGUAAAGCAUUGAGUCUCCCUCAAAGCAAGAGUUGUAAGUUUUUAAAUGUAACUUUCAUUAUUGCCUCCUGUCAUGGUUCUUUCUUUCCAUGACCAUGGCUCAUUGUAUUUUGAGGAUUCAAAAAUAGGCUUGCCUUUUGUUUUAACUGUUGCUUUUUUAAUGGACGUUUGCAUGCUUUGCGAGUAA